UCUAAUCCCACGCGUUAGAUGUUAGCAAGGAUAUAUCGGGAAAAAAAAUGUAAAAGAAAAAUAAUAGGAUAUAUUCUGGGGCUUGAGCUUUGAUUAUAUGUUUAUUGCAGAAUAUGUUCCAAAUUCAAAGAUAGUGGAAAUCGUAUCAUCAUAGCAUAAAUAAUCAAGAAAUAUAUAGGUAUAUUUGUAGUAAAAAUGGGCAGGGAGCAUCAAGAAAAACAAGAAGAAAAACAGCGCAAGAAUUCACUGAGGAGUAAAGCAGCCCACUUUUUAUCUGAUCUAACUACUGUUUAUCUCAAUCCCAUUUCUGAAAAACCCUCUAAGUCACCUCCUCCACUUGAAGAGAAGAAUGAAGGUAGUCAGCUAGAAUCAGACUUGAAGGACAGCUCUGGGGACUCUGUUGAUGGUCCUGAUACAUCUUCUUUCACUGCCUUUUUAUAUUCUUUAGUAGCAUCCUCAGAAUCUCAGACUAAUUCUAAGUGUGAUGGAGAAAACAUGUCUCUCGAGGAUCAGUUUAAGCCAUCAUCUGAACCAACAACGAAAGAAAAUGGCAGGAAGAAGAGUUUGUUUUCGAGGGGUAAACAAUCACUUGGCAAAGCUUUCUAUCAAGCAGCUAAAUUAAGUGGCUUUCGAAACCAAGGCCCUAAAGGCAGUUCUGUUAUGGUAACUGAUGAUGGAAGUAAUUUUAAGGCUUCCCAAGAUGAGGAUACUCAAAUGAAUACUUCGAAAGAUACAUUGGCUUUGGAAAAUCUUCCAGAGACUUCACAGCCUUCGUUGCUUCUCUCGGAGAAAACUCGCAGUGUUCUUCAUGCUGCACUCCCAGUGACCAUACAGGGACUGAAGUGGGUAUUGUUAUACAGUACUUGGAGGCAUGGUAUAUCACUUUCAACGUUAUACAGGAGAAGCAUGAUCUGGCCCGGCCUUAGUCUGCUGGUUGUUGGGGACCGUAAUGGCACGGUUUUUGGUGGCUUGGUUGAGGCGCCCUUGAGACCAUCAAAUAAGAAGUAUCAGGGAACGAAUGAUACAUUUGUUUUCACAAAUAUAUCUGGCCAUCCUCGUAUAUUUCGUCCCACAGGUAUGAACCGCUAUUUUACUUUGUGCUCUACGGAUUAUUUAGCCUUAGGUGGGGGUGGUCACUUUGCUCUCUAUUUGGAUGGAGAUCUAUUGAGUGGAUCAAGUUCGUCCUCGGAGACAUAUGGAAAUCCCUGUUUGGCGAACGCUGAAGAUUUUGUAGUGAAGGAAACUGAGCUAUGGGGCUUUGUGUAUGCUUCCAAGUAUGACGAGGUGAUGUCUUCAUUGCAAACAGAAGUUCCAGGAAUUAGCAGGCUUGUUUCCAUCUGAUGAUUACUAGUUCUUCAUUCGGUUGGUUUAGUUUUCGAGCUAAUGGUGACCUAUUUUUGUACACAUUUACAAAGCGUUUUCUAAAGAUUUGUGACACAUGCAGAUGCAAACCACUUUAUGUAAAUAACGGGCGAGUCUUGGGCGUGGCAUUAUGUUUAUGGAAAAUGCAUAUUGUACGUCAUCAUUUACAUAAUCUUUUAACAAAUUAAUGAGAUGUAAAGUGGGGAAGAAUUUUUUUUUU